AACCCUGUCUCGAAAAACAAAACAUAAUACAAAAACAGAAAAAGGGGAAGGUAUCUAUGGAAUAAACAAGAUGGAACCAAAGAGAAUUUUCUGUAUAGGAGAGGAAAAAGUAUUCAUUACUAGGGACAGUCCCAUGUAUUUCCCCUGUACCACAUUUAUGAAUCAAUCAUCAUUUUGCUUAAGGUUAGAUACAGAAGACUAGAGAAAGGAACAAAUCUAUUGUUUGUAGCCAAUUUCAAAAUCCUUUUCAACCUGGCCAUGGAAAUGGGUCGAAUUGUACUGCUUGUUUUUAUGUUUUUGUGGGGUUUUGCUUGUCUCUAAAGGCUGAUAGCUACUUUGUUGUGGCUUGGAAGAUAUACUAAUUCUCUUUGGGGUUUUCCUCUUUAGCGGUGGGUCUCGGAAAAAUUCAUUGUUGAGGGCUUAAGAGAUUUGGAACUAUUUGGAGCCUCCGGGCGACACUCGGAGAAAAGCCAAUGAGGCAAGCUCAGAGUCCAUAGCAUCCUUCUCUAAACCGGAGAUCAUGAGUAGCUUUCUGCCAGAGGGCGGGUGUUACGAGCUGCUCACCAUCAUAGGCAAAGGAUUUGAGGACUUAAUGACAGUGAAUUUAGCCAGGUACAAACCAACAGGGGAAUAUGUGACAGUGCGCAGGAUCAACCUGGAAGCUUGUUCCAAUGAGAUGGUGACGUUCUUGCAGGGGGAGCUUCACGUCUCUAAACUCUUCAGCCAUCCCAAUAUAGUGCCAUAUCGAGCCACCUUCAUCGCAGACAACGAGCUGUGGGUCGUCACAUCAUUCAUGGCAUAUGGUUCUGCAAAGGAUCUCAUUGGCACACACUUCAUGGAUGGCAUGAAUGAGCUGGCGAUUGCAUACAUUCUGCAGGGGGCGCUGAAGGCCUUGGACUACAUCCACCACAUGGGCUAUGUGCACAGGAGUGUCAAGGCCAGCCACAUUCUGAUUUCCACGGAUGGGAAGGUCUACCUGUCUGGUCUACGAAGCAACCUCAGCAUGAUCAGCCAUGGGCAGCGGCAGCGUGCAGUCCACGAUUUUCCAAAAUACAGUGUCAAGGUUCUGCCGUGGCUCAGCCCAGAAGUCCUCCAGCAGAAUCUUCAGGGUUAUGAUGCCAAGUCUGAUAUCUACAGUGUGGGGAUCACAGCGUGUGAACUAGCCAAUGGCCAUGUCCCCUUCAAGGAUAUGCCUGCCACUCAGAUGCUGCUAGAGAAACUGAAUGGCACAGUGCCCUGCCUGUUGGACACCAGCACCAUCCCUGCCGAGGAGCUGACCAUGAGUCCCUCACGUUCCAUUGUCACCCCUUCCCUGAAUGACAGCCUGGCCACUGGUAGCCUCCGGCCUUCCAAUGGUGACUCACCCUCCCACCCCUACCACCGGACCUUCUCACCCCACUUCCACCAUUUUGUGGAGCAGUGCCUACAGCGCAGCCCCGACGCAAGGCCAAAUGCCAGCGCCCUCCUGGACCACUCCUUCUUCAAGCAGAUCAAGCGACGUGCCUCAGAGGCGUUGCCCGAGUUGCUUCGCCCUGUCACCCCCAUCACCAACUUUGAGGGUGGUCAGUCUCAGGACCACAGUGGGGUCUUCGGCCUGGGGACAACCCUGGAGGAGCUGCAGCUGGAUGACUGGGAGUUCUGACCGGUUAGCCUGCGCCCUUCAGGGGGGGGCGAGCCCGAGGGCCAGCACCUACCUCUUGGGGCAGAGCUGGCUGCUGGCUGCUUGAAAGGACAUUCUGCAAGAGACUUCACUGUCUCAAAAGCCACAGGGAGUCCCAGUCACCAGGGACCUGGAGAGGCCGGAAAGCUGACAUCCUGUCUGUGAGCUCAGGUGACCUCCUUAGAAGGAAGAGACACUGCUUAACUCAGACCCAGGGACCCUCACUUCCUCUCCCUGCACCUGCUCUCCUAGCAGCCAACCCACUCAGUUUCUCUGCUCCAGACACUGGAGGGCUGAACGGGGAACACGUCGGAAGCAGUCUGCCCAUGCCCUACCCUAGACACCUCCCCAGUUUCUGUCUUGAAGUCCCAGGUCAGUUAUGGCCAGGCUGGGCCAUCCUCAUCCCCACCGAGCUCUUGGGCCCUGACACCUGAAACCUUAGCUCACCUGUUACUCCUUUCCCAAGAAUCUACCCAAUGCCUCCUGCCAGCUGCUGCCUUGGCGCCUCCUCCAAGGGCCAUAAAUGCUUUGCCUCAUCUGAGGGCUUGAGGAAGUCUUUAUGUGUGUUAAUUUCAUUGUCAGAACAAAUUAAACAUUUCAGACUAUGUUGGGAAUGACA